CAGCCAGCCAGCACGUGCAAAGCACACUCGAAUGGGGUACGUAUCGAUUUUACUGACCAGGGCAGGCAGACAAGGAGGAAAAUGCACUUUACGCCUGGCAGGUCACCACAGCUGGCAAGUGGGGUCCACUGCCAACAGCCUGGCGUGUCUCGAUAAGAAAAGAGCACAGACCACAAAAGGCCAAAGGUUUCCCCUUAUCGCCCGCCUCUCUAGGGCACACAGAAUUUGCUCAAUUUUUGCAGCGCAAAAUCGAUCCGGGGCACUGACGAUUGGGCAAGUAUGGACUACUCGAACAACCUCACUUCUCAACCUUCCGCCCCUCCGCCGAACGAAACCGUCGACACUCCAACAAUUCGUCCAACUAUCCCCCCCUUUCGACAAACCCGGGCACACGAAAGUCAAGAUGGCUGUUCCAGGCACUCAGAUCUCCAAGCGCAGAAAGUUCGUCGCCGAUGGCGUCUUCUACGCUGAGCUCAACGAGUUCUUCCAGCGCGAGCUGGCCGAGGAGGGCUACUCCGGCGUCGAGGUCCGCGUCACCCCCACGGUAACCGACAUCAUCAUCCGCGCCACCCACACCCAGGAGGUUCUCGGCGAGCAGGGCCGCCGCAUCCGCGAGCUCACCUCGCUCAUCCAGAAGCGCUUCAAGUUCCCCGAGAACUCCGUCUCCCUCUACGCCGCCAAGGUCCAGAACCGCGGUCUCUCCGCCGUCGCCCAGUGCGAGUCCCUCCGCUACAAGCUCCUCAACGGUCUCGCCGUCCGCCGCGCCUGCUACGGUGUCCUCCGCUUCAUCAUGGAGUCCGGCGCCAAGGGUUGCGAGGUUGUCGUCUCCGGCAAGCUCCGCGCCGCCCGCGCCAAGUCCAUGAAGUUCACCGACGGCUUCAUGAUCCACUCUGGUCAGCCCGCCAAGGACUUCAUCGACCACGCCACCCGCCACGUCCUCCUCCGCCAGGGUGUUCUCGGCAUCAAGGUCAAGAUCAUGCGCGGCUCCGACCCCGAGGGCAAGGCCGGCCCCCAGAAGACCCUCCCCGACGCCGUCUCCAUCCUUGAGCCCAAGGAGGAGCAGUCCGUCGUCCAGCCCAUGUCCCAGGACUACGGCGCUAAGGCCGCCCAGGCCCAGGCCGCCGCUGAGGCGCAACAAGCGGAGCAGCAACCCGAGGCUGGCGAGGAGGCUGAGGCUCAGUCGUAGGAGACUGGCGAGCUGCAGGUUUCUUUCGAGCAGGCUGACUCUUCCAGCCCCGCCGGUUGGUAAACACACAAAAGGGGACUAGAGAACUGUUCAGCGUGAAGGGGGGAUUUUUCGAGUCUGCUUCUUUUUGUCGCACGCUUCUGUCUUCUAGUUCACUCUAGUUUUCUUCCAAUACCAGACUAGGGGAAUACAAAAAACGGGGUGUUUCGCGCGAAAAGACCAGCAAAAAUGGGAGGACGGGGGUGGAAUAACUACUCAGGCGUCUUGAUCAACAUUUGCAUUACUCUGCGAAAGGGAAUUCGGAUAGUUGCGACUGGCUUGUAAUGGUAGAACAAACCAUGAAAUGAG